UUUUGUUUUGUUUUUGUUUUGUUUUGUUUUUGUUUUGUUUUGUUUUGUUUUUCCUCUGAACACAGGGAGACACUUCUGAAAGGGUUUUGUGUACUUCGGGAUGCUUUGUGUGGUAAGAGGUUGCACCAGACCCAGUCUAGUCCAUUGGCGGAAGGAAGAUCCCAAAGUGGACCUCAGACCUGCCCAUCUCCCCGCCCCCUCCCCCCCCCCCCCACCGAGACUUCCACCUCUGGAUCACACAUCCAUGGGAUGAUAUAACUCUCAGUUCUUCCCUCAGACCAGACGACAGGACUUGGGAAUGUGGGGGCGGGGGGGCGGGGAUGCCUUUCACAUCACGCCCAGCCAGUGCUGUACCACUUCGGAGAAACUGUUCAGUCUGUGUAGCCCUUGGGAAGGCCACACUGGCCCAAGUGCAGUCCGGUGGGAGGGUACCCUCCCCUGGUAUGCCCCCUCCCUCCAGGCUUAAGUAAUGAGAGUAGUGUUGGGUAUGGUCUAAGCUUGGCCCCUGAUGCCUCCCUCAAUAAGACACAAAGUCCACAGAACCUUCCUCCCUGUUGCCAGGGCAGGCCAGCAGGUUCACUGGAGAUAAGGGCUACACUUUGGACUCCAUGGCCAGAGGACAGCCAUGGGGCUGAGAAUCCUUGGGCCUCCGCCCUUCCUGAUGCUAGGCUGGCUCCCUUUCAGGGUAACGGUCUAGGACAGGCAAGAGGGGCCUGGUGCAAACAAGGGAUGUGUACCUGCCACAGGUCGCUUGGUCAUUACCUCACCGCCUCCGCAUAGCGGCGCCCAACCUUUCAUUUAUCCCUCAUUACCCUGGCGCCUGGCAGGGGUCUGGCCGGGAAGGGAGGACACGCUGGUGGCCUGCGGGUGGCACAAGGUUCCAGCCCCUGGCCCCGACCAGGUGACAGAUUGCUGGUUAGUUCAGGUGCAAAAGAAAGGGAAAGGUGCGCACCGAGAAGUGAGCACUCCUGGUCUGGGGUUGGUGUACGGAGAGUCCGGCUCCCUACCCUCUCUGUCCGGGUGACCAGGACCGCGACGCUGCAAGGCCCGCAGGGAGGGGGAGGUGCCAGCCCACGUCCCGCCCCUCUGCCUCCACCUUCACCUCCCUUCCCGGCCCCGUGCUGCCUGGUCCCGCGGGCCGCUCGGUCCUAGUCCCAGGCUGGGACAGUGGGGCUGCCAUCGCCAAGGAAGCUGACAACGACCCAGAUUUCCACAGUAUCCAGCGGACGUCAAGGACAGCGGAAGCUCGGACACCUGCGCUCACAGGCCCUGCCCACUGCAAGGGAUGGGUCUUCCAUCCAGGCUUAGAAAGGAGGGGUGGAGUCCUGCAUCUGACUUCCAGCUCUAUCCCUGGUGGUGCCCUCGGCGGCCAGGAAAGGAGCUUAGUGGGAGACCAGCGGGCUGCCUCAACUAGGGGCAUCCCUCCAGACCCUGUCUGACAGCUCUCCUGACUUCGCCAGAUUGUACGUGGACGUGUGGGGUUUCCAGAAAAGGGGAUACCCCCCUUUCUCCUGGACAUUGGUGCUAUGAUCCUCUGGGGGUAACUCAGGAGAGAAACAAUGCAAGCCUUUGGUCCUCCAAAUGAGGGCCCCCUCCAAGGCCUGGUAGCUUCCCGAAUUGAGACUUACGGGGGCCGUCAUCAGACCUCUGCCCACAGCACUGCUGGGAAUCUAUUUCCCAGAGGAGGUCCUGGAGUGGACCCUAGUCGCCGACGCCUUCAGCACUAUGUCCCCUUUGCCAAGGGCUCUGGCCAGACCCGAGGCAUGUCUCCUCUGGUGCUUCGGGAACCAGACCCAGAGAAGAGGCAUGGAAGCUAUUUUGGGGUCGGCCCACCUCACUCCCCCAAACUCAAGGAAGUCACCAGGGCCCAUGAGCUAGAAAUAAGGCUGCACACAUUCAGCAUGUUUGGGAUGCCCCGCCUGCCACCAGAGGACCGGAGACACUGGGAGAUAGGAGAGGGAGGCGAUAGUGCCCUGACCAUGGAAAAGUCCUGGAAGGAGCUGGUGCUGGAACACAAGGAGAUGAACCGCCAGCUUUGCCACCAGCAGGAAGCACUGUGGGAACUCCUGACCACUGAGCUGAUCUACCUGAGAAAGCUCAAGAUCAUGACUGAUCUCCUGGCAGCUGGUCUGCUGAAUUUGCAGCGGGUGGGGCUGCUGACUGAGGUGUCGGCUGAGACCCUGUUUGGAAAUGUCCCCAACCUGAUUAGAGCCCACCGGAGAUUUUGGGAGGAGGUGCUGCAGCCCAUCCUGGAAGACACUCGCACCUCUGGCCAACCUUUGGAUCCUGUCAGCUUACAAAAUGGCUUCCUGACAUUUGGCCAGCGGUUCCAACCUUACGUCCAGUACUGCCUUCGAGUAAAGCAGACCAUGGCUUAUGCGCGGGAGCAGCAAGACACGAACCCACUGUUCCACACCUUCGUGCAGGCUGUGCGCAAGAGAAGCCCCGAGCCCCGAGCCCAAGAGGCCCUGAAUGCCAUGAUCGAGGCUGUGGAGUCCUUCCUGCGACACAUAAAUGGCCAGGUCCGACAGGGUGAAGAGCAGGAGAGUUUGAUGGCUGUGGCCCAGCGCAUAGGACCCUAUGAGGUGCUAGAGCCCUCCAGCGAGGAGGUGGAGAAGAACCUGCGUCCAUUCUCCACCCUGGAUCUGAUGACUCCUGUACUAGGGGUUGCCCCUGAGUAUACCAGGCAGCUGCUGCUGGAAGGACCUGUGCGGGUGAAGGAGGGACGAGAAGGGAAGAUGGAUGUGUACCUAUUUCUCUUCUCCGAUGUGCUCCUGGUAACCAAACCUCAACGCAAGGCGGACAGAGCCAAGGUCAUCCGUCCUCCCCUCAUGCUGGAGAAACUCGUGUGCCGACCACUGCGAGACCCCAACAGCUUCCUGUUGAUCCACCUCACAGAAUUCCAGUGUGUCUCCAGUGCCCUCACUGUGCACUGUCCCAGUUCUACAGAGCGUGCACGGUGGCUGGAGAAGACCCAGCAUGCUCAGACCACUCUGCAGAAGCUGAAGGGUGAGCAGUACAUUCAACAGAAGAGGGAGCUGCUGGCCCUCUAUCGCAACCAGGGCACGGAGUCCCCCAGCACCAGGCCCUCCACACCUUCGCCUUCCCCGGAGGACUCCCAGAGCAGUGCCGAGGGGAGGACUUUAGAGUUCGCCAUCAUCCCCCGCCUGGUGGUGACUGAGGAUACAGAUGAAGACACGCCCUCCAUGCCGGAUGACGCCUCAGACUCUGGCUACGGUACCUUGAUUCCAAGCUCCCCGAAGGAUUCUCAUUCCCCCCUGAACAGGCUUCGGUCCAAGGCUCUUCGUAGAGACCCUCGCCUCACCUUCUCCACCCUGGAACUCAGAGACGUCCCCUUGCGCCCCCAGCCUCCCGACCCCCAAGCUCCCCAGCGGCGAAGCGCCCCAGAGUUGCCAGAAGGGAUCCUAAGAGGAGGCAGUCUACCCAGGAGAGCCCCACCAAUCUGGUCGGAGGAGGAAGACGAGACUUUGGCAUCAGGGAAUGUGGUGGUAGAAACCCUACACAGGGCGCAACGUCGGAGUCCGCUCCCCCACUCUCCCACUCAUACUGACUCUGCUGGGGAAAGCCCCUGGGAGUCCUCAGAUGAAGAUGAGGGGCUUCUAUCCCCUGAACUCCGCCCCCGCUCCCUACGGGAGGACAUGCUCAGGGAGAUCAGGGAGGAGCUGGCCAACCAAAGGAUCGAUGGAGCCUCGGAACCGGAACCAGGGAAUGGCAAGCCCCGGAGGCUGACUCUAGCCCAGCUGCAGAGAAUGAGGGUCCCCCACAUCAUACAGCUGGACACGCCCCUGUCUACAUCAGAAGUAUAAGGAAUGCUGAGGCCCUUUGAUACACCUCCUAGAGAAAUUGUCUCCCUAAGAGUGCUGGCCACCACCUCCCCCGGACUCUACCUCAAGGAUCCACCUCAAACCAAGCCUGACCCAGGCAUCACCUCUGAGGACCCUGGAGGUCAAGAACUGAACAUUUUGUCUCACAGACGAACCCCUGAGCCCUAUAUAAAAGUGCCCAGAAACAUG